AUGUGGCUUAAAGAUGAUCAUAUCCUGGAGCUCCUAAAAGAAUGGUGGAAUGGGCCCAUGAUCUCUGGAUCCAAGAUUUUUAAGGUUGUUAACAAACUUAAGAUAAUCAAGAAGAACCUUAUUCAAUGGAAUAGGGAGCACUUUGGCAAUAUCUUCGAUUACAAAGCUAAGGUGGAAGCUGAGCUAGCAGAAGUUAAUGAGCAAGUGAUUAGAUUUGGUAUGGAUGAGUCUUUGUUUCUCAAAGAGAAGAAACUUAUGGUGGACCAUGAAUCUAUUGUCGCCAAAGAAGAAGUCUUCUGGAAACAAAAAUCUAGAGAGUCCUGGUUGGAGGCGGGCGAUAAGAAUGCCAAAUUUUUUCACAAUAGUGUAAGAAUGAGAAGAGUCAGAAACCAUAUCUUGAGAAUUAAGGAUAGUAAUGGCUCUAAGGUGGUUAAUCCUAUUACCAUUGUGAAAGAGGCUGCUGAUUUCUUUACCCUUAUCCUAACCUCGGAUCAAAGCCCUCAUAACUCUCCCCAAGACAUGUUUAUCAAGAGUAUCCCUAGGCUUUUGAACAAGGAACAUUCUAAUGCUUUUAAUGCCAAAUUUUCUCUAGCAGAAGUUGAAGCUGCUCUUAAGCAGAUGAGUCCAGAUAAAUUCCCUAGGCCGGAUGGCUUUCCUACUAGCUUCUUGCAAGUAUGUUGGCCCUUUCUCGGUGAGGAAGUUACAACAUAUCUGGAAGGGAUGAGAAACUUAGGAAACAUCCUCAAGGAAAUCAACAACACCUUUCUGGCCCUUAUCCCUACAAAUGACAAACCAAAGUGUUUUGAUGAAUUCUGA